CUCGUCUGCCUAGUCCGCCCGCUAGGCUAGGCUGGUGGCGGGAGGUUGGUGAACCGUGGAGGGUUGUCUCUGCCAUGACUGCGGAGCUCCAGCAGGACGACGCGGCCGGAGCAGCAGAUCGCCACGACUCGAGCUGCCAAAUGCUGUUAAAUCAGCUGAGAGAAAUCACGGGCAUUCAAGACCCUUCUUUCCUUCAUGAAGCUCUGAAGGCCAGUAAUGGUGACAUCACUCUGGCAGUUAGUCUUCUCACUGAUGAAAGAGUUAAGGAGCCCAGUCAAGACACUGUUGCUACAGAAUCACCUAAAGGAGAGAGGAGUGCCACCAACAAAGAAGUAUUAGCAAAAGUAAUAGACCUUACUCAUGAGAACAAAGAUGAUUUUCAGGCUGCUAUUGCUUUGAGUCUACUGGAGUCCCCUAAAGUUAAAGCUGAUGCACGAGAUCUUAACAGGAUGCACGAGGUAACUGCUGCAGAAACUAAACGCUCAAAGAGAAAACGCUGUGAAGUCUGGGGGGAAAACCCCAAUCCCAAUGACUGGAGGCGAGCUGAUGGUUGGCCGGUUGGGCUGAAAAAUGUUGGCAAUACGUGUUGGUUUAGUGCUGUUAUUCAGUCUCUCUUUCAGUUGCCUGAAUUUCGAAGACUUGUUCUGAGCUACAGUCUGCCACAGAAUGUCCUUGAAAAUUGUCCAAGUCACACAGAAAAGAGAAAUAUCAUGUUUAUGCAAGAGCUUCAGUAUUUGUUUGCCCUGAUGAUGGGAUCAAAUCGCAAGUUUGUAGACCCGUCAGCAGCCCUGGAUCUCUUAAAGGGAGCGUUCCGAUCACCUGAGGAGCAGCAGCAAGAUGUCAGUGAAUUCACACACAAGCUCCUGGAUUGGCUAGAGGAUGCAUUCCAGCUAGCUGUUACUACUAACAGCAAUCCCAGGAACAAAUCUGAAAAUCCAAUGGUGCAGUUAUUCUACGGGACUUUCCUCACUGAAGGAGUUCGUGAAGGAAAGCCCUUUUGUAACAAUGAGACCUUCGGCCAGUAUCCCCUUCAGGUAAAUGGUUAUCGCAACUUAGACGAAUGUUUGGAAGGGGCCAUGGUGGAGGGUGAUGUUGAGCUGCUUCCUUCCGAUCAUUCACUGAAGUACGGACAAGAGUGUUGGUUUACAAAACUACCUCCAGUGUUGACCUUUGAACUGUCAAGAUUCGAGUUCAAUCAAUCCCUUGGUCAACCAGAGAAAAUUCACAAUAAACUGGAAUUUCCUCAGAUAAUUUACAUGGACAGGUACAUGUACAGGAACAAAGAGCUUAUUCGAAGUAAGAGAGAGUGUAUUCGGAAGUUGAAGGAGGAAGUAAAAGUCCUACAGCAAAAAUUGGAAAGGUAUGUGAAGUAUGGCUCAGGCCCAGCUCGGUUCCCACUCCCGGACAUGCUGAAAUAUGUGAUUGAAUUUGCUAGUACAAAACCGUGCUCGGAGCGCUCUGUGUCUCAGAGUGACGCAAGCAUGACAUUACCACUUUCUCCAGUGCACUGCCCAGUCUCUGACCUGACAUCCAAGGAAAGUACAAGUAAAGAAAGCUCUUCUCAGGAUGUUGAAAGUACCUUUUCUGAAGAUUGUCUGCACAAGUCUACACCAGUGAAUAAGCCCCUUCCAUCUUCACGGUCUCCAGUGGAAAUGCCUGCACACCCAGCUCCUCGAACAGUCACAGAUGAGGAGAUAAACUUUGUUAAGACCUGUCUUCAGAGGUGGAGGAGUGAGAUUGAACAAGAUAUACAAGAUUUAAAGAAUUGUAUUGCAAGCACUACCCAGACUAUUGAGCAGAUGUACUGUGAUCCUCUCCUUUGUCAGGUGCCUUAUCGCUUGCAUGCAGUUCUUGUUCAUGAAGGGCAAGCAAAUGCUGGACACUACUGGGCCUAUGUCUAUAAUCAACCCCGACAAGUCUGGCUCAAGUACAAUGACAUCUCUGUUACCGAAUCUUCCUGGGAAGAACUUGAAAGAGAUUCAUAUGGAGGCCUGAGGAAUGUUAGUGCUUAUUGUCUGAUGUACAUUAACGACAAGCUCCCCCACUUUAAUACAGAGGCAGCCCCAAAUGAAUCAGACCAGAUGUUAGGAGAAUUGGAAGCCUUAUCUGUUGAACUUAAGCAUUACAUUCAGGAAGAUAACUGGAGAUUUGAACAGGAAGUAGAGGAGUGGGAAGAAGAGCAGUCUUGUAAAAUUCCUCAAAUGGAAUCUUCUACCAACUCAGCGUCACAGGAUUUCUCUACGUCCCAAGAGCCUUCAGUAGCCUCUUCUCAUGGGGUUCGCUGCUUGUCGUCUGAGCAUGCCGUGAUCGUCAAGGAGCAAACUGCCCAGGCCAUUGCAAACACUGCACGUGCCUACGAGAAGAGUGGUGUGGAAGCAGCCCUGAGUGAGCUUAAGGAACCUGAAUCCAAGAAGCCCAUGCCCCCGGAAGCAAACCUUGCAGAGCAGUCAGAACAGCCCCAAAAGGCUAAUGAUGCAGAGUCUGCAGCCCAGCCUAAUUCUGAGGUCUCUGAAGUCGAGAUUCCCAGUGUGGGAAGGAUUCUGGUUAGAUCUGAUGCAGAUGGAUAUGAUGAGGAGGUGAUGCUGAGCCCUGCCAUGCAGGGGGUCAUCCUGGCCAUAGCUAAAGCCCGUCAGACCUUUGACCGAGAUGGGUCUGAAGCAGGGCUUAUAAAGGCAUUCCAUGAGGAAUACUCCAGGCUCUACCAGCUCGCCAGAGAGAGCCCCACCUCGCACAGCGAUCCUCGGCUGCAGCACGUGUUGGUCUACUUUUUCCAAAAUGAAGCUCCCAAAAGGGUAGUAGAGCGGACCCUUUUGGAACAGUUUGCAGAUAAAAACCUUAGCUAUGAUGAAAGGUCAAUCAGCAUCAUGAAGGUGGCCCAAGCUAAACUGAAGGAGAUCGGUCCAGAUGACAUGAAUAUGGAGGAGUACAAGAAGUGGCAUGAAGAUUAUAGUUUGUUUCGAAAGGUGUCUGUGUAUCUCCUAACAGGCCUGGAACUCUAUCAGAAAGGAAAGUACCAAGAAGCCCUUUCCUACUUGGUGUACGCCUACCAGAGCAACACCACUCUGCUGACGAAGGGGCCCCGCCGGGGGGUGAAGGAAUCCGUGAUUGCUUUGUACCGGAGAAAAUGCCUCCUGGAGCUGAAUACCAAAGCGGCUUCUCUCUUUGAAACAAAUGAUGACCACUCUGUAACAGAGGGUAUUAAGGUUAUGAAUGAGUUGAUCAUUCCCUGUAUUCACCUUAUCAUCAAUAAUGACAUCUCCAAGGAUGACCUGGAUGCCAUUGAGAUCAUGAGAAAGCAUUGGUGCUCUUACCUUGGACAGGAUAUUGCAGAAAAUCUGCAGCUGUGCUUAGGGGAGUUUCUACCCAGGCUUCUAGAUCCUUCUGCAGAAAUCAUUGUCUUGAAGGAGCCUCCAACUAUUCGACCCAAUUCUCCCUAUGACCUUUGCAGCCGAUUUGCCGCUGUCAUGGAGUCAAUUCAAGGGAUUUCAACUGUGACAGUGAAAUAAGCCGUCACACGUUCAAGGCCCGUCCCGGUCCUUUGAUUGCCUCCCUGUUUGGACAGAAGUCUGUUACCAUGGUGUUUACCUUGGGAAAGGAAUUAGGUGAAAAAGUAAGAUUCAGAUCUAGAUCCCAGCCAUGCUGUGUGUACAACAAAGGAUUGAAAAUAAAAUUGCACUUUUUAGGAACAGAAUCACUAAAGCAAUUGUACUGAAAAAGGCAGGAGCCAGUGUAUGAAAAUGUUGAGUUAUGCAGAAGACCUGAAAUGUCCUCUUGCACCUAUGAGAAUGCUUGGACUUUUCUAGCCUUUUACCAUGUUUUAAAUUAUCCUUCAGGCACAAAUAUUUUUGACAGCAGAGUAGAAGGGUGAUUCAUCAGAACCUGAACCAGAUGAAUAGCUACUCGUUAAUACAGAUGACAUUUGAAAAUUUUUAACUGCAAGAGAUGAAAAAUGUAAACCUUGCCUGGCCCUGGGCCGGAGACGACAGACCAGGAUGCUGAUACACCUCUGCCCGUUGCCUCGGGCAGGCUGUAAAGUCAUGUGGCAGUGAAACGCUGCAAAGUGAAAUGAAAGCUGCCUUUCCUUUCUUUCUUCUCUCUCUUUCAUUUUAUAUUUUAAAAUAAACCAGAAAACCUCAUGCUCAGUCCUCAGUGAAAGAAAGAAAAGCAUUAAGAACUUUAGAUGGACUAACAUUGCAAAACUUGACUAAAGGUAGUGGGUUUUUUUGUUUUUGUUUUUUUUGGUGAGGGAGCCUUUAUUUUUUUAACUUAAGUUUAGUUGGUGUAUAAUAUUAUAUUAGUUUCAGUGUACAACAUAGUGAUUUGGCAUUUUUGUACCUUACGAAGUGAUCGCCAUACUAAGCCUAGUACCCAUCUGUCACCAUACAAACUUAUCCCAAUAUUAUUGACUGUAUUUCCCUUUUCUUCUUCACCCAUCCCUCCCACUACCACCCAACUAAACAAAACAGAAACGAGCUCAUAGAAACAGAGAUCAAAGUUAUGGUUAAUGAUACAGCAUUUUGUCAUUAACCAUUUAGGUAAAAUUUUCUAGGUUGUGAAAAUUGUCAGAAACAUAUCUGCGACUGAUGCUAGCCCAAAAGAAAAUUUUGUUGCCCUUACCCUUUUUGUUUUGAAAGAAUAAGGGAUAUGGGCAUGUAAAAAGAGGGGGAAAAACCCUCUACAUAUGUGUAUGUAAAGAGAGGAAUAUCCCAUUGACCAUUUUUGGGUGUCCCAUUGACCAUUUUUGCCUCCAGCUUGGGUGCUUUAAUGAAAUUUUACAAUGAAUGAGGAAAGUGUGGGAGGGAAGAACACUUGAUACAACUAUGCAGAUUUUAUAAAUGUGCAAUAAAAGUAUUUGUUUUACCUUU